UAAGGCAUAAGCACUACCCAAAGGGUUUUACAUAGCACAAUUUCCAUUUCAUUUCUAUUGUUUUCUAUCAAAAAACAAACCCUAGAAGUUGAAGAAACGCAGCAGCAGCAACCAUGUCUGAGCCAAUGAAGCAGAUUCGAAACAUCUGGAUCUCUGGUCUCCUUGAUCCUUCCAAGGUGAGGAUGACUGAGAGAUACUGGCUCUACACCGGUGAUCUCGAACAGAUGGAGGAAGCUAGAAAACAAGUUCUGAAAAGUGAAAAAUACUAUGAAUCUUUUGUCAAACAAGAGUCAUGGAAGAGUACUCGUAGGGAUUUGAACUUGAAGGAAGGUGACUCCCAUUCUCACUGUAAAUGGAUCUACAAUCCAACUUCCGAUUCUAUCCCUGCUGAUGUUACCUUCUUCAACUGGAGGAAACACUACAAGAUGAGCGUAAUUGACACACCUGCUUGUGUUGAUUUCACUCCUGAGGUUGACAAUGCUCUGCGUGCCUUUGACGCUGCCGUUCUUGUUCUUUCUGGUGUUGAUGGGGUGCAAGACCAGUCCAUUGCUGUUGAUAAGCAAAUGGUAACAUAUCAACUUCCAAGACUUGUAUUCAUCGACAAUCUUGACCACAAGGGAGCCAACCUGUGGGAAGUUGUGAAUCAGGCAAGAUCCAAGCUUCAGCAUCAUAGUGCUGCAAUGCAGGUUCCAAUAGGCUUGGAAUAUAACUUUAAGGGACUUGUUGAUCUCGUGCAGUUAAAGGCCUACUUUUUUCAUGGUUCUAAUGGAGAAAAGGUUGUCGUUGGAGAAGUUCCUGGCUAUAUGGACGCCUUGGUGUCAGGAAAAAGGCGUGAACUUAUAAAAACUGUGUCCGAGGUUGACGAUAAACUUGCUGAAGCUUUCGGUGGUGACAAGCCCAUAUCAGCAGCUGAUCUUGAGGAAGCAGUUCGUCGGACCACCAUAGCACGGAAAUUUAUACCCGUAUUCAUGGGCAGUGCUUUCAAAUACAAGGGGUUGCAACUACUUUUGGAUGGUGUGCUUAAUUAUUUGCCGUGUCCAACUGAAGCUAGUAAUUAUGCUCUCAUCCCAUCUAAGAGUGAGGAAAAGGAUACACUUGUGGCAUUGGCUUUCACAUUGAAGAGAAAGUAUGAUGUCAUAACAUAUCUAAGGAUCUAUGAGGGUGUGAUUCGGAGAGGAGAUUUUGUUAUGAACGCUAACACUGGCAAGACAUUCAAGAUUCCUGAUGCGAUUGAGAUGCGAAAAGAUGAGAUCGGGGUUCCUCAUGUGCUUCGAACUCGAAAGGAUGAGAUGGGGGUUCCUUAUGUGGUUGGGUUGAAUAAUAAGGUUCCUUAUUCGACUGAGUCGCGAAAGCUUGAUUUAGGGGUUCCUUAUUUGACUGGUGUGAGUUAUGAUGAGGCGAUUCAAGUGGCUCAUGCUGGAGAAAUAGUCGCUGUGCAUGAUGUCAGGAGUGCACCAGGUGAUACUUUUACUGAUGGCUUAGUAAGAUAUACAAAGGCUUCUACUGAUGUAUCUGAGUUGGUUUCUGGAGUUUCUGGAGUGCAAGUUUGAAAAGUUUAGCAGACAUGAGGUUUUAACAAUGUCACUCUUUUGGUAGGCCUUCUUGGUGGAUGGCUCUUUUGUUUAUUUAUAUGUUGAGUUGGUGUAUCUGCAACUAUUUGGGAGUUUAUGAAUGUUUAUUGAGUUUUACAAAUAUCUGGAUAUGUUGUUUUGAAAUUCUAGUUGAUGAUUCAAGUUUAUAAACAAGAUUCUGAUUUUGGAAA